AUGCCAAACCAAGCUCUUAUUUGAAAUCUUAGAUCAGAUUUCCAGGAGAGAGAGAGAGCAAUGGAACUUGCAACUCUCCUCUGCACCAUCACACUCAUCUGGUUCAUCACCACCACCAUCAUCAAACCACUCCAUCGCCGCCGCACUCCUCCCCCAAACCUCCCACCAGGUCCCACCGGUCUCCCCAUAAUAGGCUCCCUCCACCACCUCGGCCGCCAACCCCACCUCUCCCUCACUACCCUCUCCACCCUUCACGGCCCCCUCUUCACCCUCCGCCUCGGCUCCGCCACCACCGUCGUCGCCUCCUCCCCCUCCACCGCCAAACUCAUCCUCCACCACCACGACCAAACCUUCUCCGACCGCACCGUCCCCGACGUCGUCACCUCCCAACCCAACCCCAACUCCACCCUCGCCUGGGUCUCCGGCGACCACCGCUGGCGCCUCCGCCGCCGCAUCUGCGUUACCCAGAUGUUCAAUUCCCAAUCUCUCGAUUCACUCCAACACCUCCGCCAUCAAAAGGCCAAAGAACUCGUUGCCCACAUCUCAAAACACGCUGAUUCGGGCUCUCCGGUGGAUAUUGGCCGGGUUUCCUUCGCUACGACUCUGAAUUUGAUCUCGAGCACCAUUUUUUCUUGCGAUAUGGUGGACUCGGAGUUUGAGAAGGCUCAGGAGUUUAAGGACUUGGUGUGGAGGAUUAUGGAGGAUGCUGGAAAGGUGAACUUGUCGGACUAUUUUCCGGUGAUGAAGCGGUUCGAUUUGCAGGGGGUGAAGAGGCAUAUUAGGCCUGCGUAUUUGAGAUUGCAUGAGAUUUUUGAUGAAGUAAUUGAUAAGAGGGUGAGAGAGAGAGAGGGAUUGGAUUUGGGAGAGAAGAGUGGGGAGAGGAAUAGGGAUUUCUUGGAUGUGUUGCUUGAUCAGUGUGAAGAAGAUGGGUCGGAUUUCAAUCGUGAAACUAUCAAGCCAUUGAUUCUGGACUUAUUCAUCGCCGGAAGCGAUACAUCUGCAAUAACAACAGAAUGGGCAAUGGCAGAACUCCUCCGAAACCCAUCCCUCCUUCAAAAAUGCCGACAAGAACUCCUCCAAACAAUCGGAACCCAACAAACCAACCCCCUCAAAGAAUCCGACGUCCAUUCUCUUCCAUACCUCCAAGCAAUCGCCAAAGAAACAAUGCGACUCCACCCUGCAGCCCCCCUCCUCUUGCCUUACAAAGCACGCAACGACGUCGAACUCCUCGGCUUCACCAUCCCCAAAGACACCCAAGUCCUCGUCAAUGCGUGGGGUAUUGGGAGAGACCCCGAGUAUUGGGACAAUCCAACUUCGUUUAUGCCUGAGCGGUUUUUGGAUUGUGGGGUGGAUUAUAAAGGAAGGGAUUUUGAGUAUAUUCCGUUUGGUGCUGGUCGGAGGAUUUGUCCCGGGAUGCCAUUGGCGACGAGGAUGGUGCAUUUGAUGGUGGGGUCGAUGGUUCAGGCGUUUGAUUGGAAGUUGCCGGAGGAGAUGAGGUCGGAGGAGUUGGAUAUGGAAGAACAGUUUGGAGUUACUUUGAAGAAAGCUGUUCCUCUUCUUGCUAUUCCUGUAGUGGAAUGAAGGGUUGGAUUGUAAAUCUAAUCCUUCUAAGUUUUUAGUUUUAAGUUCUAAGUUUUAAGGGUUGGUUUUAAGUUUUUAAAUAUAGUUUUUGUGUUUCUUAUGUUUAGUGAAUUUUGUUUAUAUGCUAGUGCAUUUGGCUCAGUGAUUGUAUAAUUCUCAUGUGAAGUGAAGUCUCUUUAAUGAUAUAAAUAUUUAUCCUACCGAUUAACAAUAUAUUUUUAUA